AUGGAAAUUGAUCUUGCCAGAGAUCCUUCGUACAGAACAUCCCAGCUGCCACUUUUGGCCACCCGUAUGCCUUAUACAUCCUUGCCGAAGUCUAUUCUUAAAUCAGGAGGGGGCCAUAUUCAAGUGAACCGGCCCUCUCCCUGGAGAAGGAAGUGGGCUGUUCUAGCCAGCAUCAAAGCUGGGUUGUUCUUGAAGCAUGAAGUGUUGAAGAAAGAUGAACUGUUUUACGUGAAGAAAAUGGCGGAGUUCAUGGGGAAACCAUUUUCGAAGGAGGAAGAAAUUGAAGGUGUCCCUGAGAAAUUUAUAGGGAUGUGCUUUAAAAACUUGAGCAAUUUGGAGGAAAGGAGUUAUUGGGGAUUGGAAGAAUUUUUUGAGCGAGGAUAUGAGAAUGAUGAUAGAUCAAACUACAGAACAAAAGCUGCAGUUUACAGUUUACAGGCUUCACAUUUUGAUUCGUGUUCAGAAUAA